GUUAUUGGAGGGGGGAUAAUUGUGUUGGGAUCCAGCCAGUGGCCUCUUUUCAAACUUGAUGUUUACGGAACCAUGAGGGCUGAUGGCCAAAGUUGUCGUACCCCAAGCAGAAACAGUAAUGGUACUCUUGCUGGUGGAGUUGGUGGUGGUUCUGGAGGAACAAUUCUACUUUUUCUUCAAGCUCUUUCCCUUAUGGACAACUCAGCUUUAUCAGUUGUUGGAGGCUGUGGUGGCCCACUGGGUGGAGGAGGUGGUGGUGGUGGCAGAGUUCAUUUUCAUUGGUCUAAGAUAAACAUGGGUGAGGAGUAUGUCCCUCUUGCAACUGUAAAUGGAACCAUUGACCAUAGUGGAGGUACCGGUGAUGGUGGUGGUCUUCGUGGAGAGAAAGGCACAGUAACUGGAAGGAAGUGUCCUAAGGGCUUGUAUGGUACAUUCUGUACGGAAUGCCCUACUGGAACAUACAAAGAUGCUGAAGGAUCAGACCCUUCCCUGUGUAUUCCCUGUUCCAUGGAGCUCCUUCCUAGACGUGCUUAUUUCAUUCAUAGGCGAGGAGGAGUAACUGAAUCACCUUGCCCCUAUAAAUGUAUCACUGAUAAGUAUAGGAUGCCAAACUGCUAUACACCUUUGGAGGAGCUCAUAUACACAUUUGGAGGCCCAUGGCCUUUUUCACUGUUGCUGUCGUGCAUCGUUGUGCUGCUGGCUCUUUUAUUAAGUACUUUGCGAAUCAAACUAGUAGGAUCAAGGAGUUCUUAUAACACUUCAAAUUCAAUGGACCAUCACAGUCAUCACCAUUUCCCUCAUCUCCUAUCCUUGUCCGAGGUCCGAGGUGCUAGAACAGACGAAACUCAGAGUCAUGUCCACAGGAUGUAUUUUAUGGGCCCCAAUACCUUCCGUGGACCCUGGCAUCUUCCUUACUCACCCCCUGAUGCCAUUAUUGAGAUUGUGUAUGAAGAUGCUUUUAACAGAUUCAUAGAUGAGAUCAAUUCAGUUGCUGCAUAUGAUUGGUGGGAGGGUUCAGUGCAUAGCAUACUUUCUGUCGUUGCAUAUCCUUGCGCAUGGUCUUGGAAACAAUGGCGGAGGAGAAGCAAAAUUCAUCGCCUUCAGGAGUAUGUUAAGUCAGAAUAUGAUCAUUCUUGUUUACGGUCCUGCCGUUCACGUGCUUUAUACAAAGGAAUGAAGGUUGGAGCAACACCUGACUUGAUGGUUGCUUAUAUUGAUUUCUUCCUUGGUGGUGAUGAGAAACGUUUAGACAUAGUAGCAAGUAUACAGAAGAGAUUCCCCAUGUGCAUUAUCUUCGGUGGUGAUGGAAGUUACAUGUCACCAUAUAAUCUUCACAGCGACACAUUAUUGACAAAUCUCCUUGCUCAGCAUGUACCUUCAACUGUUUGGAAUCGGCUGGUAGCUGGUUUGAAUGCCCAGUUGAGAACUGUGAGGCAUGGGUCAAUCCGCUCUGCGCUCCUACCUGUCUUGAAUUGGGUUAGAAGUCAUGGAAACCCCCAGCUUGAGUUUCAUGGUGUUAAGAUCGAGCUUGGGUGGUUCCAAGCAACCGCUAGCGGGUACUACCAAUUGGGUAUUUUGGUGCUGGCUGGUGAUCAUUCUCUCUAUGAUCUCCCACAAUCUGAAGUCUCAGAAAGCUGUGAUGACUUCUCUAAAGCUUCCUCUGUACUAAAAUCUUUGCAANUUACCCUUCUUACUUUAGUUUUAUUCUACUGGGUAUCUCUUGGGACUUUUCUAGCUGUACUGCUUGUCCUUCCUCUAUCUUUGCUUUCGCCUUUUCCAGCCGGUUUGAAUGCCUUGUUCAGCAAAGGUCCAAAGAGAGCUAGUCUUGCUCGAGUAUACGCACUAUGGAAUGCUACCUCAUUGUCUAAUGUUGCUGUUGCCUUUAUAUGUGGUUUAAUCCACUAUGGAAUUUCUGCAUUGAAGCCCCCUGAUGAGGCUAGCAUGUGGGGUUUGAAAAGGGAAGAUGACAAAUGGUGGCUUUUUCCUACAAUCCUGCUGCUAUUUAAGUCGGUUCAAGCUCGAUUUGUUGAUUGGCAUAUAGCAAAUUUAGAAGUUCAAGAUUUUUCUCUCUUCAGUCCGGAUCCUGAUACAUUUUGGGCCUAUGAAGCUGCUUCUUGACAUGAAGAAUAUAAUACGUUGGAUAGGAUGGAGAAAUUGUGCAAAUUUUUGGCAUGGCACUUCUUGGAAUUUUGACCUGUAUAUAUGUCCAAAUCAGUACAAAAGCAUUGGUAUACAUGUGCAGUGUUCUUUGAUGUAAUUAGUGUUUGAAGAGAACAAAGAUGAUAGGUUUAGAAAGUGGAAUUUUUCAUUGAGUUUUUUCUCCUAGUAGAGGAGAAUGUAUAGGUGAUUUACAGAUAAUUUUGAGAGAGCACAGAUGGAUUAGGAGCAAGUAUUUCUUUUUUCAACUUAAUGUUACUCCUAAAAAUAGUGAAACGUAAUGCAAUUUUGUUCUCCUUAA